GAGGACCAGGUUGGCCCCUUCCUGGAGGCCAAAAGGGGAGGAUUUCUUCCUUGGAGGGGCUGCAGAGCAGUGAGAGCCCUCCUUCUUUUUUUGGAAGAAGCCUUACUUGGCAGUCCUGACAUCUGUGAGAUUUGGGAGCUGUCGGCACAAGGAGGCGCCUAUGAAACAUCUCCCUGUCAGUGCCCCUUUGGGAUAAUAACAUUUAACUACGCAAAAGGGAAACUGCUUAUUUUCAGCAAAAUCCCCAGACUGAAAAGUAUGCCUUCAUUGGAGUUGGUUUGGACUCAGACUGCCUUGGAGUAGAUCAGUAUUGGAAUAGGCCUGGGCUAAGUCUGCUUUGGACUAGGACAACACUGGAGUAAGUUAGGACUAAUGGUACACUGGAGUAAGCAAGUGCUUGGAUAUGCCUGGAUGAGGGGUGCAUUGCAGCAAGACAGCAUUGGAAAUGCACUGUAUUCAGCCUGAAUUAGGAUGCAUUAGAGGUAAUUAGGGUUAGAUUGAAGCCCCUUCCACACAGCUGAAUAAAAUCAGACAUUAUCUGCUUUGAACUGGAAUAUAUGGCAAUGUUUUUACCAGCUUUCUAAACGUCAGGAGGGAAGAGGCAGAUCUAAUCUCCAUCGGGAGAGAGUUCCCAAGCCAAGGGGCCACCACUGAAAAGUCCCUGUCCCUCGUCCCCACCAAACGCGAUUGCGAAGGCGGUGGGACCGAGAGCAGGGCACCUCAUGUUGUGGUGGCCCAGUCCAAAGCAGAUAUUGUGGGAUUUUCUGCCUUGGUAUUCUGGAUUAUAUGGCUGGGUGGAAGGGACUGGAGCCUCGCAUAAACCUCCAUUAGGAUAGGCCUGCAGUGAAGUAGCCCUGGAUCAAGCUUCCACCGAAGUAGACUUGGUCCAAGGCACUCUUUCCAUUGGUUUUGGCUAAAGCAGACAGGGAUCAGACAGGCUGGAACCUUUCCUCAUUUCCCAGUGACAAAGGAAGAUUAUGGCUACUGGACAAGACUUCUCAGCCCCGGAAGAUCUUCAGUUACAGUCUUUGGAGGUGGAUGGAGUUCUAAUUAAAGUGGGAGCAAUAGCUUCAAAUUUGACAUUUUCCAACCCUGCAGAGAGACUGGAAAGGCCUGGCAAGUCCCACUGCAUCAACAAACAGAAGGGGAUGGAGAAUCUGCCAAAUUGCAAAGGAGAGUCCCCUGUGAAAUUGCCGUCCCAAAACUCUCAACUGCUGAUGCCGUCUCCGUGGGACGACCUAAAGGCAUUCCUGCCUUUCUCGGAGGAAGCUGCUUCUCCUGACCCACUUGUGCAAGGCCCCAGCAGGGAAUCCCAGGCUGUCUGCACCUCUUUGAAGCACCAAGGAGAUGACACAGCCGUACGAGAGGAGCCCUCGGGAACGGAUGCUGCCGCCAUGGAAAGGCAGCGGCUGAACUUCCGGCAGUUCUGCUACCUGGAGGCCGAGGGGCCCCGCAAGGUGUGCAGCCAGCUCUGGUACCUUUGCCACCGAUGGCUGAAGCCCGAGAGGCACGCCAAGGAAGAGAUCCUGGAGCUGUUGAUCCUGGAGCAGUUCCUGGCCAUCCUCCCGCCAGAGAUGCUAAGCUGGGUCAAGGAAAACGAUCCUGAGAGCUGCGCCGAGGCUGUGGCUUUGGCUGAGGACUUCCUGCAGAGGCGACAGGAAGAUGGGCAGUGGGACAAACAGGUGGUUUAUCCACAAAUGCAAAUGAAUUCCAGUGAAGCUGAAGGACUUCCCUCAAAGGCUGUGAAAAUGGACUUUGAUGUGGAAGUCAAGGAGGAGGACACGGAGGCUGCCAUCUGUAUUGGUGAUGGGCAAUCGAGUGAGACUGAGGAGCCAUACCUGAUAUGUAUGAAACCUGCGGAUGUGGAUGAGAAAGAAAAAGGAGCCUACCCUCUGUCUGAAGAGGAGGAAGAUGUAUAUUUGAACCAGCCUGGGUCAGAGGAGUGGCUGGAAAAAGACCCAGAGGAAACUUUUCCGCUUGGCGAAGCCUCAAGCUUCCUUGGUGAACCCUCAAAGAAAGUUUCCAAGGAUAAGCAGGAGGCAACUUGCAGAACAUGCGGGAAGACCUUCAGCCGGAGGACGGGCCUGCUGGCCCACGAGAGAGUCCACACUGGAGAGAAGCCCUACAAGUGUCCUCACUGCGGACGCAGCUUCCGCUCCAAGUCCACCCUGGUUGUCCACCAGAGGACCCACACAGGGGAGAGACCCUAUCAGUGCAAGGAGUGUGGGAAGGGCUUCCCGGUGACCACGCAACUCAUUGAGCACGAGCGGACCCACUCCGGGGAGAAGCCCUACAAGUGCGGGGACUGUGGGCAGACCUUCCGCCAGAGGUCCCACCUCAAGAACCACCAGAAGAUCCACACGGGCGUCAAGCCGUUCAAGUGCUCCUACUGCGGGAAGAGCUUCAGCAUCAGCUCGGAUCUCAUCCGGCACGAGCGGGCUCACACGGGAGAGAAGCCCUUCCAGUGCCCCGAGUGCGGCAAGCGCUUCUGCAACAGCUCCCAAGUCAUCACGCACCGGCGGGUCCACACGGGCGAGAAGCCUUACAAGUGCCUGGAAUGUGGGAAAGGGUUCACGGUGAGCCAGCAGCUCAUCCGCCACCAGGCAGUCCACACGGGCGACAAGCCCAACCAGUGCCUGGAGUGCGGGAAGACCUUUGGCGGGAGUGUCCUCCUGGCGGAGCAUUUGAGGAUCCACACAGGGGAGAAGCCCCAUGGGUGUCCCGAGUGCGGGAAGGCCUUCCAGCUGCGCUCCAUGCUGAUCACACAUUUGAAAGUCCACACGGGGAAUAAAAUAGAAAGGAUUGGAUUCUGAAGAAAGCUGGGUGAGGGAGGGGAUGGCGUUCGGAUGUUUUAGAGCUGAUUUAUAACACAGGUAGCCCUCCGCAUUUGCAGACUUGAUUCCUGUAUGUACAAGGGUUGUGCAAACUUGGGCCCUCCAAGUGUUUUGGACAUCAACUCCCACAAUUCCUAACAGUCUCAGACCUCUUCCUUUUCACCCUCAGCCGCUGUAUUUUCAUUUACUGGACCAAAUUUGGCACAGAUACC